AUGGAAGCAGAGAAGAAGAGUUGCAGCAUAACCAUCAAAGAUGAUCGUGAUGACCACAAAGACUCAUCGGAAGAACAAGAAUUGAGUCUUUCUAUUGAGAAGCUGAAUCUUGUAGUACCCAAGAAGAAGAAGUUGCUUGUUAUGAACCUUAAUGGCUUUCUUCUCCAUCGAUUCAUCCAUCGACACAUACUUCGUGAUGGGAGAUAUGUACCUAAUCCCAUUCUAGGAUCUCGAAGAGCUGAUAGCAUAUCAGGAAACUUUCUCCGUAAGAUUUCUUUUUAUCAUAUACUUAAUAAUGUUGUUUAUAUUGUAAAUUGUGAUUUAGUUUUUAAGAGGCCAUUUAGUGAAGAGUUUAUGAAAUUCUGCUUAGAAAGGUUUGAAGUUGGGAUUUGGUCUUCUGCACAAGAGCAUAAUAUUGAUGGUGCUUUAGACUUAGCUAUUGGAGAAGAAUCAAAAAAUAAGCUACUCUUUGUUUGGAAUCAAGAUCAAUGUAGACAAACUAAUACUGCUUCUAAGGAGAGCAAUGAGAAGCCAAUUUAUUUCAAAGAACUACAGAAAGUGUGGGAAAAAGUGGAGAAAGGAGGGCCAUAUUCUGCUUCUAAUACUUUGAUGAUUGGUGACAAACCAUAUAAGGCUUAUCUUAAUCCUGAGAAUACAGCAAUUUUUGCCAAGUCGUAUGAUCCUGAGGACAAGGAGGACAAUGCAUUGGAUCCAAAUGGUGAAUUGUGUGAGUAUUUGAAAGGAGUAGCUGAAGCUGAAGAUGUUCAGUCUUAUGUGAAGAAUAAUGAGUUUGGGAUACCAGAAAUUACAGAAGAUAAUUCUGAAUGGUUUUUCUACUUUAGAGUGUUAUUUGGAGAACUUAUGGUCUAG